AUGCGUGUCAUGACCGCCGGCUUCGGCAUCAAGGUCGGGAGCACAGUGCUGGCUCUCGGAGGCAGCCCGGCCAAGUCUCUCCACGUCGCAAAAACGGCUGCGGCCGCCACGGCUGCCUUCCACGCACCCCCCCCCUGGGGGGCGAGAUCGCGCCCCCGAACGAGCAGCGCGCUGGGGCAUCGUGCCGGCCUCAGGGGGGUAGGGGGUUCGAGGCAGCGCAGCGGAGAAGAGAGGGCGAGGACCCGUUGGGUUGAUAGCAGGCUAGCGCCGCAGGAUCGCGCGCCAGGGGGAAGGGUGCGAAUGACGGCGACGGAACGGCAAGGGAGGACCAUCGCCACCGCCGUAGGGGCGGAAGGCUCGGACAUUUACUGCAAUAGGGAACUAAACAUGAACCAGCUUCGUACAAGUGCCAGAACAUAUCGUGUACGCAACGCUCAGAUCAAGGCCGUCGGUUUCGACAUGGAUUACACCCUGGCGCAAUACUUCACGGCCUUCGACCAGCUUGCUUUCGACGGCGCCAAGGAGAAGCUGGUCAAGGACCUGGGAUACCCGCAAGACGUCGACGGUUUCGUGUACGAUCCGGAGCAUUUUUCGAGGGGACUGGUCAUCGACCUGGAGCGUGGCAACAUCAUCAAGAUGGAUCGGCACAAGUACGUCCGAGUGGCUUUCCAUGGCUUCAAAAAGCUCAAGAGCGACGAGAGAAAACGGGUCUACUUAGACGGGCAAAAGCUGCACACCUUCACGGGCCGGAAGUACGUCUCGAUGGACACCCUCUUCUCCCUCGUAGACGCGGUGCUGUACGCGCACCUGGUAGAGCUCAAGGACAACGGCGACGAGACUCUCAAGGGAAAGUCCUACGAGCGGCUGUUCCGAGACGUGAGGAAGUGCGUUGAUCUGUGUCAUCGCGACGGGGUCAUCAAGGACAGGGUGGCAGAGGAUCCGGCUAAAUACAUCAUGCCGGACCCGGACAUGGCGCCAAUGCUCAAGCGGUUCCGCAAGGAGGGAGUGCAGGUGUUCCUGCUGACGAACAGCCUGUGGGACUACACGCACGUGGUGAUGAACUUCUUGUGCGGAAACAGCAAGAAGGAGGACCGAACCACAGAGUGGUUGGACCUUUUCGACGUCGCCAUCACCGGGGCCUGCAAGCCGAGCUUCCUGGUGGAGCCCUACCUGUCGCUGUUCCGGGUAGACGAAGAGACCGGCAGUCUCAGCAACACGGACGGGGUCAUGGGGACCCCGAGCGAGUUCCUCGCCAAGGGCAAGGUGUUUCAGGGGGGAAACUGGCUACACCUCCACGACCUGCUCACCCUCUCGUCGGGAGACCAGCUGCUGUACGUGGGCGACCACAUGUUCGCGGACAUCUUGAGAUCGAAGAGGACGCUGGGCUGGCGGACGUGCCUCAUCGUCCCCGAGCUAGAGAACGAAAUGAGCGCCAACCGAGAAAACCGAGAUCUCCGGGUGGAGGUGAACAUGCUGAGGACGCUGCAGUACCAUCUAGACACCCGCCUAGACGACGUGCGCCUUCAAGCCAUGGAGGAGGGGCCCGACUCGCCGGCGGGGGCAGAGCUGUCCAAGCUUGAAGAGGAACAGGUGCAGCUCAAGUCUCUGCUGAGGGGCAACGGCCUCAUGCUCCACUCCAAGUUCCACCCGGACUGGGGGCAGCUGUUCAAGUCCGGCUACCAGGACUCUCGGUUCGCCACCCAGGUGGCGACCUAUGCUUGCAUCUACACCUCGAAGGCCAGUAACCUCGCAAGGGUGAGCACCCAGCGCUCGUUCCGUCCGGUCCGAGACGUCUCCGCCCACGAUCUCAUCCUUGAAGCAGCGGACUCCCCUAACCGUUUCAACAAUCGAGGAUAAAUGAACCAUGGUUUGCGGAAUAUUCCCAUGAACGGCGUUCAAGCAACAAGGGUUUCCUGUUUUAACAUUUUGUCGGAGUUAUUGCUGCCUCCCUCGCCGCGAUUCGUUCCACCACGACGCUCGCCGUGCUAUCCCUUUUUUAUAUAUAUUAUAAUUUGCUGGAUGCUUCAACUCGUUUGUUCCCUCUGUGCUUGACGUCUCGCCCCUCCUUUCAAACCCUGGUCAACGUGUCGUGUGCUGCACGGCGAAAUCAACUCGUGGGUCGAGACAACUUUCAGGACCAAAUGGAAGCAUUGAGACAGCGCGUUCUAAAUCUCAAGACACCCCCCAGCUAAGAGGUCGCCUCACAAGAGACACCUCUUACCCCCUACAGCAGUCGUUUUUCGCUCCUACAGGGCCAGCGCACCCCGAUAACCCUGUUCGCUUCUGAGAGGUGACUCUUGCCUCGGAUCACGUAACCUAGCUCGCUUGAUCGCGGCUCAGAUGUGAAGAGAUGAACGUUUUUGUGGUACACACAAAGGGGGAAGUGUUGCAUUGUUGCCCCAGCGCGGCCCGCUAGCUAAAACGCACACGAAAAAAAGUGUUGGUGGUGGUGAUCGGGCAAGUGUUGGCUAACGCAAGGACCAUGUAGGGUAGUACAUGCCGAAUUUUUGGUGGUUUCUAUUCCAGGUGAGACAGUAGUACCGUACAACGGCACAAUAGAUCAGUGAUAUGACGUCUACGCUGGCGUUCUCGUCUCUGGACAAAACCCGUCUGCUUUCGACUUGUCCUUCGUUGACGGUGACUUCGUGGGGUCAGGACAAGGUUUAGGUGAUGGUGCAGGCGUUUGAUUGCUACUGCUGUGCGGAGGGACGGAUAUGGGGUACCAUGAUGUGUGCGGGGACGGCCGUGGCGACGAUAUGCGCACGUCCAGUGUUUUUGCGGGCUAAAUGCCGCACCCCAUACCCAUUGAGAGGCAUGGAUUAUGGGCCAGGCUCGGAAGCUCGUCGCAGUAACGUACGGACCAGAUGCUCAGCAGCAUAGGCUAGGCUUUGUGUAGAGGCUCCGAAAAGGCGAUAAUUGUUUUCAUUCG